GGCCGGCAGGGCCGGGGCUCGCCGCCGAGUGGUGAUGAGACGAAUCUGGGAUUUACUUUGGCCACGGCUAUCAGUUCAGACUCCUCGCAAGCCGACGAACGCAGACCUGCCCCACGAGAGCCCCGCUUGUCGUCCGCCAUGAAGCCGAUGUUCCCCCUCAUGGCGCUGGGCCUGAUGGGUGCCCUGGCCGCCAUGGCGCCCGGCGUCGAGGCCGAGAUUCCGAUACCCGACUUCAUCAAGAUCUGCAAGAAGAACGACCCGCAGGUGGACCAGUGCGUCAAGCGGUCCGUGGAAGAGCUGCGGUCGCACCUCGUCAAAGGCAUCCCCGAGUUCCACGUGCCCUCGCUGGAGCCCCUCAUCAUCCCCGAGAUCAGGGUGGGCGAGUCCACCGGCAUCCGCAUCCGCGCGCGCAACGUCAAGGCCUUCGGCUGCAGCGACUUCAAGAUCAACAGGCUGAGGGUGGACCUGGAGCGCAACGACAUCGAGAUGGCCAUCACGCUGCCCAAGCUCUUCAUCCUGGGCGACUACACCGUGGACGGCAGGGUGUUCCUGCUGCCCGUCAGGGGGGCCGGCCAGCUCAGCGGCAACAUGACCGACUGCAAGGGUGACGUGCGUCUCAAGGGCACGGUGUCCAAGCGCGACGGCGUCGACUACCUCAAGUACGACUCCCUGGUGGUGCGUAUCGCCGUGGGCCGAGGCUCGCUGCACCUCGACAACCUGUUCGGCGGCCAGCAGACGCUCGGCGAAAUCGUCAACGCGGCUAUCAACAGCAACUUCAAGGCGUUCUUCAACGAGCUGAAGCCCUCCGUGGAGCGCGCGCUGUCCCAGGAGUUCCUCAGCGUGGCCAACAAGAUCGUCACCUCGGUGCCUUACGACAAGCUGUUCCCCAGCUCGUAGGCCGCGCUCUCUGCUUCGGUGGAACUGCGGAAAAACUGUGAUUUCGAGCGUCUAGUUCCAGUCGCGAAUAUGAAUAUGAGCCGCUCCUCCUCCAUCUCACCGUCAUUGCAUUGCCAUAGCCUCUCAACCAUUACCGCUCUAUCUAUCUCUCUCCCACCCGCAUGACACUUUGCGAGUUGAGAGACAUCCUUUUCAGUGCAUACAAAGCCUCUGUUGCAGCUUCUCGAUCAUUUACCAAAGAUAUUCGCAGGCGGUUCAGUUUAUCGUUUGGUUUAAAAGUAGGACAGAUAAUGAAAAGAAUAUUCCUAGAUACGACGUGCGUGUCCUCGCGCUGUAGAUUUAAGAUUAGAUAGCUGCCAAUACCUUUGAUAAUUUAGACGCUCUCAAAAGACCCCAUAAUUCUAAUUGUUAUUUUAAUUGUCUCAUAAUGUCGAGUUUAAUGUUACUUGUAUGUUUUUAUUGUAAGUGAAAUAAAACUGAUAGUUGGUAA